UUUAAUACUUAACAGAACUUAGUCGCAGUCACAAACGCGGUUACAUCAAAACGACACGAAGCACCUAACAACAUUCAAGCACGUUCGUUCCCGAUACUCAUACCCGAAACACCGACUUCAUCUUCGCGUUCCGGUUAGGGUUAGGGAAUUAGGGUUUCGAACUUCGACGCAAUGUCGUUCAUUAACCCUUCACCCUCUUCCACCUCACGUGCAAUCGCUCCCUCCGGCUUCGCCACGCGCCGGCCAUGGGAGGAGUUCUUCGCGCUCCACUCGUUCACGCGCCCCUACACCCUCGGCGAGGCCUCGCUCCGCGUGAAGCGCAACCUCGGCCACUUCCGCGUGAACUACGCCAUGGCCGUGCUCCUCGUCGUGUUCCUCAGCCUCCUCUGGCACCCUAUCUCCCUCAUCGUGUUCCUCGCCGUCUUCACCGCGUGGUUCUUCCUCUACUUCUUCCGCGACGGCCCCGUCGUCGUGCUCCGCCACGAGCUCGACGACCGCCUCGUCCUCGCGGCGCUCACCGCCGUCACCGUUGCGGCCCUCGUCCUCACCGGCGUCUGGCUCAACGUGGUGGUGGCGCUGCUCGUCGCAGCGGCGGCGGUGGCUGUGCAUGCGGCGCUUCGGAGCACCGACGAUUUGUACGUGGAGGAAUUGGAAGUUUCCGAUGGAGGUUUGGUUUCGGUUGUUGGUGGUAGCCCUACGAAACGAACAGGGUCCACUAGAAUAUAGUUAUGAGAUAUAUAACUGAUUUCGUUUUCGUUUUAUCGUUUUUUGUGUUAUUCGCGUUGCAUAUAUUUGAAGAAAAUAGAGGUUUUGGUUAUGCGGAAAUGUGAAUUGUGUCCAUAUGAUAGAUUUUACUUACCGUGUUGUUAGCUUGGAAUUGGAAUAGAUUUUUUGCUUGUUGUUUGAUCCCUUUUUCUUAUGUUUUUAGAAUCUCAUGUAAAUUCUUUCAUAGGUUGAAGCAUUCAAUUUGUGUAUUUAGAGUUCCAAUCAAUGUAUUGUUUAGUUUGAUUUGGUAUGCUUUUGCAUUUGUAAUAGGUUUAGCAAUAGUUGGUAAGAUUUGUUUGUUUUUUAUUUUAUAUCAAGUGUAAAUGAAGAUGUAAUCAUUUUGGUUAUUCAUUUGUGGUUUCUAGUUUUAAUGACCAUAUGUAUUUAAGUUUCCUAUCCUGCUUGCUAGCUACCCUCUUUAUCCAUUUUCUUUUUCUUAGUAGAUUAAUAUCAUGAUCAAAUUAAGAACAUUAUAUAAUAUAAUGUUGUGCUUUUUGGAGUGGCUUGGGUUGCUGUUGUUUAGAGAUCCGAUUUUGUUGAAUUAGACUUGCUUGUGUUAUGCUACGAAGAUGUGUUGCAGAGCCUGUUUUAGUCUGCUGUGAGUCAAUUACUGCAAGUGUACAACAUUUGAGAGAAUUGAAUAGAGAACCAUGGAAUCCCAAUUCAUCAUUCUCUAGAUGAACAAUAUGUCGAAGUAACUGCUUAAAUGCUUAGCUGCAAUUAGCUGACAACUUACUCAAUGUUAGUUGCCGCUUUUUGGUUAGUCAGUUGGCUAGUUGGGUGGAAGUUGAGAUCUGAUCUCACAAAACAUGUAUAUGGGAACAGAUUGUAAACCAUAUGCAAUCAGACUGAGUAGUGAAACUCUUCCCUCUUUUAUUCUUGAGUA